GCAAACGUCAAACAUUUAUUCGUGUACUCAGCUGUUCUUGUUUUGACUGGCAUUUUCAUUCGACGGUGCCUAUUUUGUUAUGAAAAUACUGUAAAUACUACAUAUGUGAAGCCUCCAGCGUUCUAUUGAAACGUUGAAAAAUGUUGAUCAAUGCAUCAACGUCACGAUAGAGGAGAAUACCAAUAUACCGAAAUUUCGCAUUGCCAGUAACACAAACAUAACUCCAAUAAGCAGGUACUUUGGUCAAGCACAUAUAUCUACGAGCAUACAAAAAAACGAACAUUGCAUUAAGAAUUCGUACACAUCUUCGAUGGAAACACAUCAAACAGCCGGCAUUUACAAGCAGCUCGAGUCGCCGUAUUGAAACCGGUCCUUCGCGAUAGAUUACCCGCAGUGUUGUAGUGGAGAGAAUUCUGCGUGAGAACGGACCAAGCUAGAGAGGGCAUUACACCAUCACUAUUAUAAUCAUCAUCAUUGAAUAUAUCAUCAUCGCAGUAUUAUAGCUGUACUGAGAAAAAGACGCUUGCCGGAAAAUCGAACCAUCACAACGAACCGAAGGAAUCGGCUAGUUUGUUGUUUGCUGUCGAAGCGCUCGCUCAGAAAAUGUACUUUUUCCGACGACGAGUGUUGAAGAGGUGAAUACUUUGUUCUUACUUGUUGAAUAAUAAGCUACUGCAUGUUAAUCGCGUCGUUAGUCGAUUGUUGCCCAUACGGACAAGUGUUAUCGUUCAACGUAGCUGCAGUGUGAAAUGCUAGCUAUUUUGUGACUCAUUAACGGACUGAUCAAUUGCAACUUUUAAUCAAUGUAGUGCUGUGAACAUUUAUAUACCAGUGAGUCAUAAUUAUUAUAUAACGGACAUUAAUCAUACGUAUGCAAUAACUGAUAGUACGUUAAAAUAGGCUUUUGCUUUAAUUUUCCUUGCUUGAUUGAAUUAUUUUGCAAACUGUUCUCGAUAGACUAGUGAAUCUCGUAAUACUUACCUAUACAAAGGAAUAAGUUACUGUAGUUAGAAUAGUAGAAUCUAAUCAAGGAAGUAAUCUAGAUCCAUCGCAAAACAAUCAACCAUCGUUUUUUCCGAAAUAGAUCAAGUGCAUUGUGUUGUAAAAAUACCAAGCGCAACCAACAGAGAAAAGCUAACUUGUUAUCGAAUUGGUCGCGUGAAAGUGCAUAUGAUCGGCGGUUAAACGAUAACAGUAAAUAACAUUGCAAAAUAAAGACAACAGUUAGUGACGUACCGGAGAGAGAAACGUAGCAAGCUCGAAACAACACUCCGCUACCAUCGUAGCACGUUCGCCAGGUCGUUCGGUAGCAAGUGUGCUCUCACGCGAUGGCACGGAUUGACAUCGAUACUAUUAUAAAUGCUGUGUUUCGGACGAUCGUUCUCCCUGGGAUAAUUGUGGCGUUAUGGCUCAUCGAUCUAAUAUGCCUCGCGACAUGUAAAAUAUGCAUCCUUGUGUUUGUGAUUAUUUUCAUAGUGCUACCGUUGAUCUUCAAAUAUUCCUUCGAGCUUCAGAAAGGAAUUUUAUUUCUCACCUUCAUCACCUAUCCGCCGAAUUUGGACCUAAAGCGACCGGAGAAGAGUGGGCUGUAUGCGACGAGAAAUUUUUACAUCAAUUAUCGCGAUCAGGAGGAAGACCUCGAUGUGGACCUUGCAGUGUGGCAUGUGCUCCCCAACGAUCUGGUGCGGCGUUUCGGCAAAGAGCUACAGAUUGACGAGCUUACUCUAUCCAACAUGACGGCCCCGGAAGUGGUAAGAGCCAGCAUUGAUCCCCUUUCCAAUAAGGACACUUCCAAAUACCGAGAGAUUGAAAAUAUCCUCCGCCGAGACAAUCUGGAUCUGACGGAUGAAACUACACAAAAGGCCCUGUUCGAGCAAGCACUAAAGGCAACCACCAACGAUAUAGUGCUGUACUUGCACGGAAACACUGCUUCCCGGGGUGCCUCACAUCGGGUCGAUUUGUACAAACUGCUACGAAGCCUUAACUACCAUGUGAUAACGCUGGACUACCGCGGGUACGGUGAUUCGGCAAAUAUUUCCCCAACCGAGCGAGGCGUCGUGUACGAUGCGCUCGCCGUUUAUCAGUAUAUUACUAGCAUUAGUACCAACCCGGUGUAUCUGUGGGGUCAUUCACUGGGUACGGGUGUGGCGACACAUUUGCUCUCGCUGCUGACUGAUAUGAGCUUGCCUGGGCCGAGGGCACUAGUCCUGGAGAGCCCAUUUAACAACAUCCGGGAGGAAAUUUAUUCUCAUCCAUUUUCCAAGCUCUAUCGUCAUCUUCCAUGGUUUGACUUUAUGAUCUCCAGUCCGAUGUAUGCUAACCAGCUGAGGUUCGAGUCGGAUCAGCACAUUUCCGAGUUCAGACAACCGGUGCUGAUAUUGCAUGCCGAGGAUGAUCACGUGGUUCCAUUCAAAUUAGGUUAUAAGCUCUACCGUGUCGCACUUGACACACGUGGGAAAUCGUGGGGUCCAAUCGAAUUUCAUCGGUUUGAGAAGAGCAGCCAUUAUGGGCAUCGGUAUAUCUGCCGCGCACCGAAUCUGCCGGAUAUUGUGAUUAAAUUUUUCCGUACCUAUCGAGAUGAAGUUUACUAACUGGUUCGAGAAGGUGAGUGCCAAAAUAGAAUCAGUUGACAUUCGUGAUGCUAUCGAACCAAUAACAGUAGUAGUGAUACUAUCUAUCAAUAAGACUAGGAAUUGAUUUCUCCAGAACUCAUUGAUAAUAAUAUUGAUAGUUGGGAAUAUUUAUGACUGCAUGUUUAUCCUCUACGGAAAAUCCAUGAUAGAAAUAAUCCUUCGGAGUGUAGUUUACAAAUACGAAUAUGGUCUAAAAUAGUAUGUUACCGUUACCAAAUUUUCGACUCUUACUUCGUAGAAUAGUACCGUUUUAGAGAGAUUUUUGGGCGGCCUUUUCGUUGGUUCCGUUUUUCUAGGAAACCCGUUCGCUGAUGUAUUAAUAAAACGUAAAACUCGAUA